ACGGCCGGUGAGUAGCGGGCGCGCGGCGAAGGUCCGCGCCUGCGCCCGCCGAGCGCACGUGCGGCGGGGGCGGGCCGCGCGGGAAGGCCGCUCAGGGGAGGGAUGGCGGGCCCGGGUCUAGGUCUGCCCUUGCCUCGCCGGGGGGCGGGACGGCGAGGACCGGGGGUGGCGGCGGCGCGGGGAGCCGAGGCACGGCGGCACACAGCAGGUGAGAGCGGGGCUGGCCUGGGCCGUGCCGUGCCGUGCCGUGCCUCCCCGCCGCGAGGCCCGGCGGGCCGGGUGAGCUGUCGCCGUGAGGGGCGACGCCGAGUCCUUUGGCUGGUCGCGGGGGUGCCGGUUCUUUGGGCUGUGGCGCGGAGGUCGCAUUAGGGGUUCCGAAAUGCCGACUGAGUAUUUCAUGUCAGUAGCUGCGUGGGUAAGGCGUGCGCCCGGGUACGGCUGGCCGAAAGCGCCGCUUAAUAAAAGAUGCGCUUGGUGAGGUACUAGCGCAUGUGUGUGCAUCCAUAUAUUCCCCUUACACGGUUUUCUCAUGUUCUAACAAUUACCUCUAUAAACACUUUUUGUUUCUACAGUCUUUCCGUAGCAUCUGAUUCACCCUGGACGAAAAUCUGGAUUAAAAUCCUCCUGGAUUAAAAAUCAAAGGGGUUUAACGGGUUUAGGUGAAACAGUUGAGCACCUUUUGAUGUUGAAGGAAGGGCAGCAACGGGCACGCUGGGCCAGCACAGUCCUGGCAGCAGCUGGUUAGCUGGCAUCCUAACCUAGUGUCCCUCAUUUCCACUACCUUGGGUCAGAGGCUGAGGCUCUGCCCACACUAAGCCCCUUCCUGAAAUCUUGCAUCUCUUAGCUGCAGCUAUAAUAAACUCCACUAGUUUAGGCUAUAUUUUUUCCCCACACUAACAUUUUUUUCAGAAUGUUAACAAAACAUGUGGUCCUUGUCCCUGUGGUACACCCAACAAAGCAUUUCAUAUAAGGAGGUUAAAGAAAAGUCUGACUGUAGAAGACAUUUUUAGAACAGCAGAAUAAUAAAGUUGCAUGCUAGUUUAUUUUACACUUUCAUGAGUUGUAUCUUUAUUUGCCUCAGUCUGUAUCAGGCUUCUUGCACGAAAGGAAUUUGUGCUUGCUUCCACAGUAGAGAGAUUUGCAGUUCUGCCCAGCACUCAUAUGUCCUGCUGUAGAGAGAGUUACUUUGUGACACCAAGGAUGUCUUGUUAGUUGCACUAAACCGAACACCCUUAGUGGCCAAAAUUGUAAUUUUUUUUUUUAUGGGCUGCAAUUUGAAUAUUUAUAGUUACAACCUCAGAUAAAGAAAAAGUUAAUACUCUGAUUUCUUCUUGUAUAAAGAAUGGAUAAGUAACAAAUAACACAAUGGAAAAUUUUCUGACUUUUUUUCCUCAGAAUUUUGUUUGUUUCAUCUUUUGAAUAUCCCCUUCAUAAGGAAAGAAUAUUUGUAAGGUGGAUUACAGGAAUGUAAUUUUUUAGUGUGCCUUUAGCAUUUAAACAAAGAGGACAUGUUCUCUUCGCUGUAACAUAAUCAGUGUUCUGUCACCUGCUUACUGCAGUUUGUAACUGAUACUUAUUUAUAAGGUACUGUUUCAUAUGGUACAGCUUGCUAUUAUCAAAAGGUCCAGGUCCCUUUUACCAUAGAAUCAUGCAAUGGUUUGGGUUGGAAGGGACCUCUAAAGAUCAUCUCAUUCCAGGGGAAUGCCCCACACCAUGUCAUGGGCAGGGACACCUUCCACUAGAUCAGGUUCCUCCAAGUCCUGUCCAGCCUCACCUUGAAUGUUUCCAGGGAUGGGGCAUCUACAACCUCUCUGGGCAACCUGUCCCAGUGUCUCAAUGCCCUCAUCGUAAAGAAUUUCUUCCUUACAACCAUUCUAAACCUAUCCUCUUUAAAUUUAAAACUGUUGCACCUUGGCUGUUACUACAGGCCCUGGUAAAAAGUCUCUCCAUCUUUCUUAUAAGCCCCCUUUAAGUACUAAAAGGCUGCAAUAAGGUCUUCCCAGAGCCUUCCCUUCUCCGGGCCAAACAACCCCAACUCUCUCAGCCUUUCUUCAGAGGAGAGGUGUUCUACCCCUCUGACCAUUUUUGUGGCCCUCCUCUGGACCUGCUCCAGCAGGUCCAUGUCCUUCUUGUGCUGAGGGCUCCAGAGCUGGACGCAGCACUCCAGGUUGGGUCUCAUCAGAGCAGAGUAGAGGGGCAGAAUCACCUCCCUCCACCUGCUGGCCAUGCUUCUUUUGAUGCAGCCCAGGAUAUGGUUGGCUUUCUGGGCUAUUGGAGCACAUUGCCAUGUCAUGCCAAUUUUUCAUCCACCAGUACCCCCAAGUCCUUCUUGGCAGAGCUGCUCUCAAUCCCUUCAUCCCCCAGCCUGUAUUGAUACCAGUGGUUGCCCCGACCCAGGUUCAGGACCUUGCACUUGGCCUUGUUGAACUCCAUGAGGUUCCCAUGGGCUCACUCCUCAAGCUUGUCCAGGACCCUCUGGGUGGCAUCCCAUCCCUCAGACAUGUGAACUGCACCACUCAGCUUGGUGUAGUCUGCAAACUUGCUGAGGGUGCACUAGAUCCCACUGUCUUAUGUCAUGGAUGAAGAUAUUAAACAGCACUGGUACCAGUAUGGACUCCUGAGGGACACCACUCAUUACUGGUUUCUACUUAGGACAUUGAGCUGUUGAUUGCAACUCUUUGGAUGUGUCCAUCCAGCCAGUUCCUUAUUUAAUACAGUCCGUCAGUCCCACGUGUCUCCAAUCUUUCGCAUUUUCCUUGAUUUUUGUCUUCUGCCCUGUCAGCUCUGUAGCUCAUCGUACCUUUUCAUAGGCCAAUUUAACUCGCUAGAAUAGCAGAACUUGUGCUUUACUGAGUUUUCUGCUGUUUUGUGAGUUCAGUUAGUUUUUGGAAAGUCUGGCAAGGAUGUGAGCUGUCAGGGAAGGUGGGGGAAGAGAAAGAAGAGAGCGCUUCAUACUCUGCAGCAGAGAGCUGUUAGAUCAACUCAGCUACUCAAGGAAGCAUAAUCAUAACCUUAGUAAUUAUACCAGGUCCAUAGCAUAUUUUGCAUUACAUUUUUCAAGUAUCCUGGAUAAAAGAAGGAAAGUAGCACAAAUGGUUUAAAACAUGACCCAGUAAGCUUGAAAGCACCUACCUGUGUACUUUCCUGUCUGCAGCGUGGAUGUUACACGUUGCUAUGAUGGGUUGUUUCACAACUUUAUACAGCAGUCUUUUAAUUGGCUGGUUUUCUUGGAACUGUUGAUCUGAUGCCCAAUUUUUGUACGUUGGGCAAAGAUCACUAAUAACUUACUAUAAUGUUACAAAUACUGAAAUGUACAGGCAGGCCUCUUGGUACCACUCUGUGUAUCUAGUACUGGCAGAUCCACUUUAUUUGCUGCUUGUGUUUGUCUCUGAAAUCAAAGGACAAUGAAUAAUUUUUUAGAUGUUUAUUAUAUCCGUAAGUGCAAUGAAAGUCUUGGACUCCAGUACUAUAGUACUAUUGCUAGGUGAUUAUAGUUGGGGGAGGUAUUGCACAUCUCAGAACAGUAUUUAAGCUUUAAAAAGAAGAGCAGAAGGAACAGAGAACAUAACUAAAAAAAAUGCUUGCUUUCCUUUUGAGAGGGGUGGCAGGGAAGACGGGGACUUGAAAAGAAAUAAAUAUGUUUUAUAAAACCAAAGCAUGCUUAGAAAGAAAUACCCUGAAGAUUGUUAGCGUUACUAUGUUUCUGAGGGUGUGUUGUAUUUGUGUGGUGAGAAAUUGCCUAGAGUUCCAGUCAUGUGAUCUGUGUAUUUUAUUUACCCUGGAGAGCUGAGACUGCUUCAGGUCAAGGAAUUGACUAAAAGUCCCCUGAGUAAGUUAGAGGCAUUUUCUUACUAGCUACAGCAUGGAGAGUAAAGUUGUCAUGUGUUUUAGCAUGGUUGAUAUCUGCACAACUUCUAUUAAAAAAAUCAAGUUCAUGGCUAGACUAAAUAUGUGAUAAUAGAGUGGAGUCACAGUGUGAUAGUGCUGUUGUCACUGUGUGAAAAGUUGGAGAGCUCGCCUUUUCUUUAUAGUCCCACAAGCUUGUAUACUUUGAGCUAAUUCAUUGGUUUUUACCUUGAGUGAGCCCAGGACCAUGCUGUUUCUUGUACACCUUCCAAAUCUACUUUGAAAACUAAACCUGCGCUCUAAGGCACAUGAGUUGAUAUUUUUGUUCUUACUUUCCAUUACAACCAUUAGCUUUAUAAGGCAGGGUAUACUGUCUUUACAUGCCACAGCCUGGUAGUUCUGAAAAGUGCAGCUGAAAACAUUGCAAGUGUCAAUAGGACACACUGUCCUCUCAUUUUGACCCUCUCUUAAGUUGCCACUGGGGACUGAUUUGAAAUGAGUUGUUAUGUUUUCCUACUGUGCUUUUUUUUAUUCAUGCUCUGUUGGUUUUUAGCAUUCUGUCCAGUUCUGUAGGGUCUCUCCUUGCCCAGUAUUACAAAGGGUUUUGGGUUGAAUUGGUAUUCACGCAGGUCUCCAAGAAUGCCUUGGGAAAUUUCUUUUUUCUAAAGGAACUAUAAUCUAAGUUAGUGCUGUAGUUUAAGAAAGAGUUGAAAAGACAUCAUGGUGUGUGAGAGGAUGUUACUCAGUAGAAGUAAUGAAAAGGGAACAGUUGUGGCUGAAGGAAAGAUAGUACACUGAUGUCUUUGCGAUUCAACUUACUUUAACUUCUUCCUGCAUCUUAAAGAGAUAUGUAUUUAUACUAGUUAGCUGAAGUCAGCAGGAGCAGAAUGGGGUCCCUGUAGUUCUAAACCUCUGUGAUUUUCUGGCUGAUUCAGGGUGUAGUUGGCCUUAGCACCCAGUGAAGGAAUGGGCUUAAGGAGCUGCCUUCUGAUGUGUAUCUGGUUCAUACUGAAGUUGUCCUCCACGGAUGUGUCUGUGUGUAUGUGUGAUAUGUGAGAAAGGCAAAAUUUGGCCCUGAAUUCGAUAAAUAAUUUGAAAUAUUCAAUGUCACUUGUAAGAUAUGCAAUAGAGUUAUUUAGGAAUGAUACUGUGGAAGAGCUUUCAUUUGCUAGGAAGUCUAUAACAUUGUUAAAAUAACACGAGGAGAGGUUUCCAAAAAGUGGCAGUAACAGCAGGAUGCCCUUCUGUAGUUAAUAAUUGUUACGUUUGCCAGAUAAACUUUUAAUAGUUUAUUAUGUGCUAAAUUCACUGUUUUAAAAGAUGCAACAGUGGGGUUUUUUUGGUUGGCUGUUUUUCUCAAUGUUCCUCUGCAGCCAUCUAUAACUCUAUGGGAUCUUACUGUAGCUGUUUUUAAAGAAGGUUUUUCUUUCUGAGGGUCAGAUGCAGUAAGCUGAGAUGCCCAGGCAGGACAUCUAAAUUUUUGCAACGUACAGUGCGCUUGGAAAAUAUGUGAGACCUUGUAGAGUGCAAAGAACAAAAAAGCUUGCAAAUUCAGGGCCUAAAGCUGUCAAAUCUUUUAUGUGACUUACUUUAAAGUUCUGAGUUAGUAAUUUGCACUAGAAAACAAGUGGUUUUGGUUAAGAAAAUACUCUUCUGAUUUCAUUCUUACAGAAAAUACAGGCUGCAUUAUUGUUGGUAUAAUUUUUUCCCCAAAAUUUAAUCUAAUUUUUCUUUAAUUGUUUUAUUCGCUUCUUAUUUUUCAGGAGUCUUUGAAAAAUCCUUAGUGGUCAUGACAUUGUUACAAGUGACAUAAAUGAGCCAGUGGCUCAGAAUGAUGGAUACCCAGAAGACUACAAAUGGUUUGCAAGUGAUUGGAGAAGGGACUGGUAUAGGGAAAUCGACACUCCAUAUGGUGGGGUAUUUGGGAAAAAACUGUAAUCCUGUGGAAACAACUGCCCAGGAGUUUUGUCCAGUCUGCAAAGAGAAAGGCCAGAUCCAAGUUUUACGGACUUACCGCAUUAAUUUUCAAGAGUGCAUUUUUCUUUGUGAAAAUCCUCAGUGUAUCUACCCGCUUGGUUAUAAACCAUUAAACAGCAUAAUUAGUUCUGCUGAUUCCGAAAAUCAUCAAGUUCCAUCUACUCAUAAGAAAAGGAAAUUGUGUGAUACCAGUGACUUUUCUCCUGUUGAAUCACAUCCAAAAAAAGCAAGAACUAAUAAUGUGGUAGAUGUUGACCACACUAUUAAUAGAGACCCUGUUGUCACAUGCUUUGAGAAUAGCUUAUGCAUUCCCAAGUCAAACCUACCUGAUGUGUCACAAAAUGACCAGCAGAAAGCUAAUACCAGUGUGGAGUCCUGCAUCCAGAAGGUGGAUUUUGAAACAACCACCAACACCAACAACUUUCAAGAAAGUCCUCCUAAGACGUCUAGUCCCAGAACACAACUCUUGCCAAAUUCUGAACUUUGCUCAAUGACAUCUGAAAUUUUGCUCAAAGAUUAUAAAGGUUCCACUAAUAACACAGAUUUAUGUCUUCAGUGGAGAAACAUCCAUAAUCUUUGUUGGUUAGAUUGUAUUUUGUCAGCACUGGUACACUUAGAAACAUUAAAAUUUGCUCUAGAAGAAGAAUAUAAUGAUGGAAAAUGUUUACUCCAGAAACUCUUAACAAAAUAUAAUCAAGCAACUGUGCUUCUGAAUACCUGUAAAAAGAGUAAAGUAAAAGAUGUUCUUCCAAAAGCAGAAUCUCAUCUCAAUGAAAUCAGAAGCAGAAUGUUUACACAGCUUCAGCCUCAGCUUAAGUGUGAAUUGGGUAAGAAGGAGAGUCCAGUGUUUGCACUCCCUCUACUCUUAAAACAGGAUCAACAAGCUGAGAAACUAUUCUUACAUUCAUUUUCCUGGAAGUUUGAAUGCGUAUGUUGUGGCUACAAGUACCAGGAUCGAUGUAGGAAAACACUAACAACAUUCACAAAUAUAAUCCCUGAUUGGCAUCCACUUAACGCUAUUCAUGUUGGACCAUGUAAUAACUGUAGUGAUAGAUCUCAAAGAAGACAGAUGGUUUUGGAAAAAGUACCCUCAAUAUUAAUGUUCCAUUUCGUAGAAGGCUUGCCACAUAACAACCUGAAGAACUAUUCAUUUUGGUUUGAAGAAGACACCUACCAAAUAACAGCUAUUGUUCAGUAUCAAACAGAUAAGAAGCACUUCAUAACCUGGUCUUUGAAUCCAGAUGGAACUUGGCUUGAAUGUGAUGAUUUAAAGGGUCCAUAUUGCAAGAUACAUGAGACAUUUAAAGUUCCUCCUUCAGAAAUUCAUAUUGUUAUCUGGGAAAAGAAAACAUCCCAUGUGCCAGAAGAACUGAAUUCACAGUUCCAGAGUAAAAAUACUGAAGAUUUUCCUCCUGAUAAUGUACAGUCAAAUUCCACAGUGUUGCAUUGUGGUUUUGAUAACCCUGUAGACAAAAUACCUGCAGAACAUCGCAAAGAAGACUCUGUGAGAACUCCAGAUAAGAAACAGCAGUGGGUAGCUGAGGGUGAAAGUACUGUUCGUCAUGGUUUAGAAAACCUGGCGCAUGAUGAUCUUGUAACACUAAUGCUUAAAGAAAUUCAAGUUGAUGCAGAAGGUAAAUCGCUGUCAAAUGGACAGAUGGUGGGAAAUGGCCUUGUUGUUGAAAUGGGCACACCGCAACAGGGGGAAUUAGCUUUUUCACCUAACACUCCAUAUACAGGAGAGUUUGCUGGAACUAGACUAGCUAUGAACAGCAAAUGCACAUUAUAUGAAAAUUCCAGCAUUUGCUUGCCUCUAGAAGAGUUGAACCCAGCAAAUAUUACUCCUGUGCCCAAAAAACACGACCCUGACCCAUCUGACUCAUCACUUGCUCAAAGAAGUGAUGACAGCAAUAUUUUACCUAAUAGAGAACGUGGAUUAAAUUCAGAACUACAGCUAAACAGGAAGUUGUCACCAGUAGAGAAUAUUAUGCAAAAAUCACCUGACUUGAAAGAUGCAAGCAAAAUUGUAGUUAAUUCUCAGGUUGCCAAUUCUGCUGCUGCCAGUAAUUCCUUUCAGCCUUCACACAAAGACCAAAAAAGAGGAUUUGUAGGAAGCUGGGUAAAGAAAUUAUUAAGCAAGAAUACUUCUUUUAUGCCUUCAAGUGCCUCAGCUCUCAAGAAUGAGAGAAGUUGCAAAACUCCCUCAAUGCAAAAAAUAAGCGAAGUGCGGUUGCCAGUUAAGGGAGCAAGUAACUUUGGUGGAUUUCAAAGCAGAGGUACAAACAAAACCGAGCCCCCCAAGUCAGUGGUUCCUCAGAGUAAUAAUAUUCAUACUUUAUCAAAUCUCAAAGGAUUUUCUCGAAGCACUCGUCUUCCAACAGCAAGUCAUACCACUAUUGAAGGUCCAACCUGGAAUAAGUCAGGAAGUACCUCAGGUAAAGUGACUCAGUUCCAUUCACCUAGCUGUAACUCUGGGAAGGCAGAAGAGUUGGAUAGUGACAAAACGAAAAAACUUCGGCUAAAACUGUUAAAAAAACUGAAUGCUAAAAAGCGGAAGUUGGCUUCUCUAGAUAGGCUAGCAGUGGAACAGAUGAAACAUGAAAAACCUGUGAGCGGAGGUGUAAGCACCCCGUCACAGCCCGAGCCUCACACUGACAGUGAAUUGUUGCAGAGCUUUUUAAGGGAACUGCAGUAUCAGAUUGAUGUCACAUCUAAUGAAUCUGAAUUUAAUGCAAACUCUGUAUCAAGGUGCACCAGCCACAGUAAUGGUGAUGAAAUACUGGCAGAAUUACUGUCCCCGACUUCAACUGUUGCUUCCUUAGAGGCUCCAAAAAGUGAAGAUGAGUGCAUGUAUAUGGAAAUGGUGGAUAGCAGUGUUGCAACAACAGCGCCUGAUGAGAAGCCCAGUGUGCCAAAUGCAGCAGUGACAAGCAAGGACCACAAUUAUUACAGCCCUGUAAAGGACAGUAAUUCAGAACUUCAUACAAUAAGCAAACCCAGUGUGAAAAAACUUGCUUUUGAAAGUCCUACAAGGGAAGAUAUCCUUGAAGACCUGUUCUGCAUUUCAGCACCAAGCUCAGUGGCAGGUGACAUAGAUUUACCUCAUUUUGAUGAAACUCUGUUUGAAACUUGGUAAAUAUUCGGUUUCUUGGUUUUAAGUAUUUUUCCAUAUUAUGUAUAUUUUGAAACAAAGCACUAUUAAAUUAUGUUUUCUAACUAAUUUAAUUGCACACUGGCUGUACUUGAACAAUUUACAUUCAAGGUAAUUUUUUUCUUAAAUUUUAUUGUAGCAGACAAAUAAGGUUUUAAUGCAUUUUAUUUUUCUGAGAAGCAGUUAUUUUAGCUGUCAGAUACGAUGAUUUUUAAUUAAAAGCUCCUGUGAGUCUUAAUUUUUUGCUGCUUUUGAUAUGGAAAACAUCCAUAUUCUACUGAGUUUGAGAAAUAAUAAACUUCAGUUGUCUUGA